AUGGGGUGCAUGCACGUGGACAUAGAAGAGACAGUGGAAAAGUGCUCCGGAAUAAUAGAGAAGAUAGAAGGACUAAUCCAGGAGGAGACUCUUCUAGCAUGCAAAAUAUGCAAUAGCACAUUUUCCGUUGAAGUGUGCAUGGAGUGCAAUAGUGCGUACUGCAGGGAGAACUCCCACGUUGAGUCCCACUGGAAGGAUGCAUGGCACAAGAACUACUUCGUGCCUGAUUUUGGGACAGUUUCCUGCGAAGAGUGUGCGAAAUACAUCUCCAUAUCAGACAUAAACCGAAUGAUAGACCAGAAAAAGACCGUUUUAUCUCCCCCAAAAAAUUUUCAGGGUCUGAACCUGAAUUGGGUGAAGGGAUUCCUGAAUUUAAAGCGGACCUGCUACAUGAGCAGCCUCCUGCAGUCGAUUCUCUCCCUGCGGCCCUUCAUAAGGAACCUCCUGGGAGUAGAGCACAGGCUGAAAACAUGCCCGAAUAAGGAGUGCAUUCUCUGCGCCCUGAAUAGGAUACUCUACCAAAUGUACAACAACACAAACGGAUCAGUCGAUAUCUCCGAACUGAUCCGAAUAUUCUGGGAAAAUAAUCCAUUCUUUGCAAAGAGCGAGUACCAGGACGUCCAGGAGUUCUUUAUGUUUCUGAGCUCGCAGAUACACGCGAUGGGAUGCUCCCAGGAGGAGCCCUGUCCCGUGCACAGGACCUUCGGAGGAGUCUUUUCGUCCGUUAUAGAGUGCGUCUGCGGGGUACAGGAGGAAUCAGCUGAAGUCUUUACGUGUAUAAGCAUGAACUUGCACGGGAAUACGCUGGAGGAGACUAUCCGGAAGUACUUCGAGAGAGAAAGCAUCAGCAUAGACAGAAAGUGCUCGUGCGGGAAUGAAAGCACGUAUACGCAGAGCAUAGACGUAAAAGAGGCUCCGAGUGUGCUCUGCCUGCACCUGAAGAGGUACCAAAUGAAGAACAAAAGCAUCUCCAAAAUCGACACGGUCCUCUCCUACCCGGAAGUACUUUCCGUUGGGGGAAAAAAGUUCAGUCUUUCCUCCAUUAUAAUGCACAGCGGAGAGAUGGACUCUGGGCACUAUAUAGCAUACACAAGAAGAAACAAUCAGUGGUACCUGACGAACGACGAGGAAAUUAUGCGAGUCUCCCUCGUUGACAUCCUGAAUAAGCCCGUAUACAUUCUCUUCUACACGCAGGAGUAA